AUGGUGGGGGAUCAUGAUCAUCUUUUGCUGGGUACUCUACUGCCAUAUCUGACACUCACAGCAUAUGUGAAUGUAGGUAUAGUAAAUGGCACAGAAGCAAAACCACAUUCUAGACCCUACAUGGUUUCUGUCCAAAAAGAUGGAAAAGACAGAUGUGGUGGCUUCCUUGUGUCUAAACAGUUUGUCAUGACAGCUGCACAUAGACUGAAUGGAACAGCCAAAAAGAGCAAAACGGGAAAAGAUGGGGACAUUAAGGCCAAUUCCAAAUGCAGUGUUGCAGGAUGGGGGACAAACAGUACCAAUGGCAGAACAAGUAACCAUCUCAUGGAAGUGGAUGUCACCACCAAGGACAAAAAAACAUGUAAGAAGUUCUGGGGACAAACUUACUCCACCUCAAGGAUGGUGUGUGCAGGAGGUCAUGGAGGGUUUUGCCAGGAAGAUUCUGGAGAGCCUUUGGUGUGUGGGGUCACAGCAGUUGGUGUUGUUUCAUUCAAUGAGAAUAACAACUGUGACACACCAACAUAUCCGAACGUCUACACCGAGAUUUCUGCAUUUCUGACCUGGAUGAAAGCUAUACUUGGAAGUGUGAACCAAGAUCUUGAUUAA